AUGCAUCUCACACAAGCCCUCCCUUUCGUCCUCCUCCAUACUCUGGUCUCUGCCCAAACUGUAGUAAGCACAAUCACCGAAGCCCCCCCGAGUCCAACCGCAGAGCCCCAGUGGACCCCAGACAACACCUUCACAUCGGCCGUCCUCAACAGCACAAACUUCUACCGCGGCGAGCACAACGCCUCCUCCGUGAUCUGGAACGCCACCCUCGCCGACUUUGCGACAGACUACCUCGACGACAUGUCGGGCGACAGCUGCGACUUUGAGCACUCGGGCGGGCCAUACGGCGAGAACCUAGCCAAGGGGUACCCCAACGCGACGGCGAGCGUCGAGGCGUGGGGCGAGGAACGCGACGACUACGAUUUCAAAAAGGGCCAGUUCGACGAGGGUACCGGACACUUUACGCAGCUGGUGUGGAAGGACACGACGGACGUCGGGUGCGGGCGCAAGUUGUGCGGCGACAGGCAAUGGUAUCUCGUGUGCGAGUACUGGCCCAGGGGCAACGUCGUGGGCCACUUUGUUCAGGAGGUGCAAGAUCACGACCUUGACAAGAUCACACUGGACCAAGUCGACAUCUAUACCGGCCGCAACCUUCCCGUCGAAAACGUGGUCAUGAGAAUGAUCCAGACCGAGUCUCUGUACUUCCAGCUCGGCCCCAAGGCACCGACUCCGUCCACGACCAGCCUACUCCUCAACGACCCGACCUUCACUGGCUGUAUGGGUAUCUCAUCCGCGACUUGUUUCGUCUCUUGGGACGCCAGCAUCAUCAACUCCUCAGGCCGCACUUGGGAUGGUUGGAAUCAGCCUUGCUUGAAGGACACCGAGUUUGGCAAUUAUAGUGAUGAGAUUAUCGUUGGUUUCACCGAGGCCUCUACCAUCGACAAAAUGCCCAAAAACGAGCAUUGCUCAUUCGGCUGGUAUGAGGACAUGGUCUCCGAGUGCGGUAAAACUGGCGUCAACACGACCAUACCCGAUACAAUCAUCAUCAAAGACCCAAUUACGUACUGUCAGAGGGACACAUGGUGCACCACCGUCGACGGGGACACAUGCGACGCAAUCGCAAAAGCCAACGGUGUCUCCUAA